GGUUAUGGCGCUGCCGAGGCUCCUCGGGGGCGAUUCGCCGAGCUUCGGGCUGUUGAGUUCGAGUUCGUUAUGCUCACAUGCUAGUCAGACAUGGCUUCAUCUAGUUUUUUUCCGAUAUUCUCAUCGAAAUUUCUACAAAGAAAUCCUGCCCGGCUGCUUCGCUCGUAAAAUAAACCACCUAUACUUAUAUACAGUAAAUAUAUAUACGGCUCGACUCGACAUGGCGCGGGAUAACAAUAACCAGCAGCAGCCCACGACGGCACAACUCGACGAGGUUAAAGCGGCCGUGCGCCAGCUCCUGCACCAGCCCGACUACGACGAUGGAUCCGCGGGCCCCGUGCUUGUGCGACUUGCCUGGCACGCAUCAGGCACGUACUGCGCAAAGACUAACACGGGGGGUUCGAACGGCGCCGGGAUGCGCUACGAGAAAGAAGGCGGCGACCCAGCCAACGCCGGUCUCCAACACGCACGCGCAUUCCUCGAGCCCCUCAAGGCUAAAUUCCCAUGGAUCACAUACGCAGACCUCUGGACGCUCGCCGCCAUCGUCGCGAUCAAAGAGAUGGGCGGGCCGGAAAUCCCCUGGCAAGGCGGCCGCACCGACUUCGCCGACGACAGCAAAGUGCCCCCGCGGGGCCGGCUCCCCGACGGCGCGCAAGGCGCCGAGCACCUGCGCUUCAUCUUCCACCGGAUGGGCUUCGACGACCGGGAGAUCGUCGCGCUGUCCGGCGCGCAUAACCUCGGCCGGUGCCACGGCGAUCGCUCGGGGUUCGAGGGCAAGUGGGUGAACAACCCGACGCGCUUCUCGAACCAGUACUACAAGCUGCUGCUCGCGAACGACUGGAAGAAGACGACGUUGCCGAGCGGGGUCACGCAGUUCGUGUACGUCGAGGACAACAACGGCGACGAGAGCAGCAGCGCGGCGGAGGAGGAGGAGGAGGACGGCGAGAAGACCGAGGGGCUGAUGAUGUUGCCGACGGAUAUAGCGCUGCUGUCGGACCCGGCGUUUCGUCCGUGGGUGGAGAAGUACGCGGCGGACAAGGAUUUGUUCUUCGAGCACUUCUCUGCCGUGUUUGCCAAGUUGCUCGAGCUGGGCAUCAAGCGGGACGCGAGCGGCAAGGUUAUCAACGAGGAGAAUGCCGAGGAGGGGUAUAAGAGCGCGCCGAAGAAGAGCGAUGCGGCUACGGCGCCGGGAGACCAGAACUCGGGCCAGGUAGGCCAUGAGGCGCGCCCGUUGAAGGAGGAUAAUGAGAAAGCUCGUAAGAGGAGGGAGGGUGCGAAGUUAUAGAUUAUAGAGAUGAAGAGCUUUUAUAGGCUGGAUAGAUGUGGUGGUGGUGGUGGUGGUGGUGUAUACUAACUACCAAAACUAUACAUAUAUGUAGGUAUAGACUAGAGCACCGGUUAGUACCUACAUGGAGACGGACUAGUCGCACGCGUUCAGAAAGAAAUUAUAGAAUAGAUCAUAAUAUCAUAAUUCACUGCCCAUGAGGAUCCCA